UCCUCCUGCGAGAGGGAAAUCCUUUUUAUACAUUUGCACUGAACUGUCUGAAGCAUUAAUCAAAGUUGAUUAAGGAGCAUCUAAAGUUAGACAAAAGAAACUUCAAAUACAACAAUUGUUAUUCAAAUUAAAGUGAAGUUUUGAAAAACAUGAGAAGUAGAGAAUUAAUUUCUCUUUUUAUAUGGAUGCACUGUGGCUUUGUUUUCUGGGACGUCUUAGCAAGUGCUGAAACAACUACUCCAACGAGCACCACCUUGAAAAAAGUUGAUUUUAAUAGCAUUGAAAGUAAAUUUGCUCUUCGAACUUCAGAGGAGCCAGAUGAUGACACCUGUUAUUUGGUACCUGGCCAAGAACAAACUAUUGAUCAAUGCAAUUUUAACCACACAAGCAAAACAUUUGUAGUAAUCCAUGGAUGGACGGUGACUGGAAUGUACGAGAGUUGGGUCCCCAAAUUAGUAGACGCUCUGUACAAAAGAGAACCAGAUUCUAAUGUGGUCGUUGUAGACUGGUUAACUCGAGCCCAACAGCAUUAUCCAGUUUCUGCUGCAUACACCCAGUUGGUAGGACAAGAUGUUGCAAGUUUCAUUGACUGGAUAGAAGAAAAAAUAAAUUAUCCAGUGGACAACAUUCAUAUAUUGGGAUACAGCCUUGGCGCUCAUGCAGCAGGUGUUGCUGGAAGUCUGACCAACAAAAAAGUAAACCGAAUAACUGGUUUGGAUCCAGCUGGUCCUAGCUUUGAGUAUGCAGCAACCUCCAUUAGUUUGUCACCGGAUGAUGCAGAAUUUGUAGAUGUUCUGCAUACGUACACAAGAGGGUCUCCUGACCGCAGCAUUGGAAUACAGAGGCCUGUUGGACAUGUUGAUAUUUAUCCAAAUGGCGGAAGCUUUCAGCCUGGUUGUAACUUGGGGGAAACACUUCGACUUAUUGCAGAAAAGGGAUUUGCAGAUAUGGAUCAGCUUGUGAAAUGUUCUCAUGAACGUUCCAUUCAUCUUUUCAUUGAUUCUCUUCUUCAUGAAGAGAAGCCAAAUAUGGCUUAUCGCUGCAAUUCAAAGGAAGCCUUUGACAAGGGACUCUGCUUGAGCUGCAGGAAAAACAGAUGUAAUACAUUGGGUUAUAAGGUCAACAAAAUUCGAGGAAAAAGAAGCAGCAAAAUGUACUUGAAAACAAGAUCUCAGAUGCCUUUCAAAGUUUUCCACUAUCAAAUUAAAGUGCACUAUUUUGGGAAGAAAAACUUAACAGUAACAAAUCAACCUUUUAAGGUUUCUUUGUACGGAACCAGAGGAGAAAACGAAAAUAUAGCAAUAACAUUACCUGAAAUUUCUACCAACAAGACCUACUCAUUCUUGCUCUAUAGUGAAAUAGAUAUAGGAGAUCUUCUUAUGCUGAAAAUGCAAUGGGAGAAAGAUUCAUACUUUAGCUGGUCUGACUGGUUCACAACGUAUGCAUAUGAUAUUCAAAGGAUUCGUGUGAAAUCGGGAGAAUUGCAGAAAAAGUUAGUUUUUUGUGCAGAGACUGGCAACCAUGCGUCUUUGAAGAGAGGAAAAGGGUCUGUUGUUUUUGUGAGAUGCAAUGAACACUCCUUAAAGAAGAAACAUGCCUGAUUUGGAAACACUCUACACUUCCUUCAACCCACAAGCUGGUUUGUGUUAUAAAAAGCUUUGAAACACAAAAUAAAAACAAAAUAAAGUCUUUUUUGACACCUGGAUCUACAGUCAACAUUCAUAGAAGUGUUUUAAUAUAGGCAGAUCGGUUACAUUUUACAUUUUAGCUCAUUAUGCUAUAAAAUGAAGUCAAGCACGUGUAAGGAUAUAAGCACUAUUUUAUAAAAUGACCUGUGGGUUGCACAUAUUUAUUUGUUUAAAAAAAAGAUUGUUUAGAACAAAAAUGUAUUAUGGAGAACUUGAAAAUUUGUUUGAUAUGCACUAGUUCUCAAGAUACUUGCUUAAGUAGUUCCACACAAUGAUAUUCCUACACUGUGGCAACAUUUUUAUAGCUGUACACCAAUGAAAAAACAUUAUUACUCUGUUUAAAAAAAGAAAAAAGUGUAAAAGCUUUAUUUUCCUUUGUUGAUAUUUUCAUAUGUGUCAUAACUUUUGUUCUCAUUCACUGCUUUUGCUGUGGUUUCAUAUUUUGUGAUAUUGUUGUAUUGUUACUGUCAUCAUCGGUUUAUCCACCCCAAGGAAAAAAAUUAUAAUUAUGCCCCUCAGCAUGGAAAGAAGUCACGCUAUAUAUAUAUACCACUUACCACUCCCUUCUUGGCCUACUUAAGAGGGUCAAUUAAGCCACCUUUAAUUUAUCUCAUCCAGGCUUUUAUUUUCCUAUAACACAAUGUCAUAUUUCAUUUUUUUUAUAAUAGAAAGUUAUUAGGUAGUAAGUUAUUUAAGUCAUUUUAUAACCACUCCCAAAACAAAUACUGAACAUACUACAGCUGUGUUGCUGAAUUUAUGGCAUAAAGGCCCAAAGUAUCCACAAAACAACAUUUCCUGCCACUCUGCCUCUAAGCUACCAUACUGUUUGUUUAUUUUUGUUUUAUUCACUGUGCUUAAAAAUGUAUUAUUAUUAUGAAUCUAUAAUAUGAAUCAGCAGAUAAGCUGUAAUUGCUGAUAUAUUUUAUAGAUUCAUAUGAAAAAGUUACUUUGUUUUUUUAGUGUCCCUUUAAAUUUUGAAAUGUUAUUCACACACAUUUUUUUAAGAAGAAUAUUACUGGGCUAGAGAAAAUGGUUAAAUAAUCACGAUAUCCUGAAUUGUUUGUUACAUAUUUAUUGCUAACUAAAAUAGUUGCAUUUAAUGUGGAGGUAUCUUAAAUGAUCGUUGUAGUAAUUUAUUACUUAAGCACCCUUUUCUUUCAGAAAGGAAGUAAAAUUGCUUUAGUAUACAUCUUUUUUAAAAAAAAGAUAUUUUAAAAAUAUAUUGCAGUUUAUUUCUUUCUUUAGGAAUGUAAAUGUUCCUGAACUGAAAAAAAACAUUAGUUUUUAAAGGGACACUGAACACUAAAUACAUUUCAUGCACUUCCCUAUAAUUAUGGGCACUGCCAUUUUGGAAAUUAGGUUACACUUCAGGUAUCAGAAAAAGAGCUACUGCACAUGUGCAAACAAAUCAGCGUUGGAAUGUAGUGAAAGAUAGAUUUCAAAAUGGCGGCGCCCAUGACUAUAGAGGGAGGUGGGGAAUAACUAUGCUUAUACAAUGUGUUUAGUGUUUAAUGUCCCUUUAACAUAUGUCCACUGCAACUUUUACUCUAAAAGGGUGAAAUAGAGUGGGUCUCACUGACAGCAACCAAACCACACUAUUUAUGAAUACCUCAGGGUGUUAGGCCUGUAGCAAUAGUGAGACCCAUGCUAUUACUGGUCUAAAAACCCCUUAAGUACACAAGACAUACAGAGUAUGUCCAUGUUGUUAAGGGGUUAAUGCUAGAGAUGGGCUAAUGUUUCUAAAAAUUUAACAUUUAAAAUGAAUUUCGAUACAUUUGAUCAAACCGAAUUUCGAAUGUUUAUAUAACACUCUAACAUUUUAUUUUCAAAUUUUCGUUUUCGAAUUUUUUAAUUACCUUUUAAAAUAUUUGUUAGAAUAAUAGAAUGUUUGGCUAUGUAUUUUAUAGCACAUUCAUUUUCGAAAUCUAAUAUUCUAAUUUGAUUUUAAUUUCAAAAUUGCAUUUUUAGUCUAAUACUGUGUUUUAUAAAUGUAAUAAUCGAAUUUGAAUGUGACAUUCAAAUUCGAAAGUGACAUUCGAAAACUGUAAAUAAAAUUCGACUAUAGAAUUUUUAAGAAUAUUCGUUCUUAUCAACAUUCAAUUAUGUAAAUCAAAUUUCUACAAUAACAUUUGUUCUAACAUUCGAAUUUCAAUAUAAACACAUUUGCCCAUCCCUAGUUAAUGCUCGUAGAGGUUUUUCAAUAUCAUCUUACAGAGCUACUGUACUUGUCCCUAUCAGCCUGUAAGAAACUGAGACUUUAGCAUCUAGUAUUGAGUAUGCUAAGUUUCAAAAUUAAUUUAAAAAGAUGUAUCCUUUUUUUUUAUCAUGUUUUAAGUUUUGCUCUUUUUGUAUGAUUUUGUUUUUAAUGAAUGCCCCUUUAACAAUUUGGUAGCAGCUGAUAAGUUUAGUGUUUCAUGCCCAAAUUAAUGAAUAUCAAUUUAUUUACCUCAGCAAACAUGAAAAUAGGGAAUGUUUCUACUGGGAAUAAAACUUUGAACCUUGAGGUUUGAACAGAGUGCACCACUUUGCAUUUUUAUGUAAAUAUUUAAAGGGACAUUGUAUUGCAACACAUGACAUGAUGACGUUCUGUUAUUCAUUGUAGCAGGCAAUGUAAGCAUAGCCUAGUUUAUAGAAUAGAAGUGGAGCACAAUUUUGCUGCGCAUUAGGAUAAGCUCAGUCUCACACAAUAUAUAAUGCUCCAUCUGUUAUUACAAGUUAAAAGGUUUAAGCAAAAUAUUUUGAUGUGACCUCAUUUUACCUGGGGGGAAAUUACACAUCUGCAAUAUCUGACAUGAGUACUGUAGCACCCACUUACUACUGUUCACGCAAUAAAUCAUAAAUAUCCACUUAAAAAAUGGCAGUGCAAAAAAUGAAAGAGUUAUUAAAUUUAAAUGUAUUGUGACUUAAUAGCGUUAAGGCUCCAUAUUUUAUAUAAACUUUGUGCUACAAUGUCCCUUUAAACUGACAGCAUUAGAUCUUAAUAUUAAUUAAUUGUAUUAAUUAAAUUAUAACCUGUUAUCAGUGCAUCUUUAAAUUGCCAAUUACCUCAGUUAGUUAUUCACAUGUAUUACAUUUAAAAUAUGAUAUUUUUGUGUCAGAGUUAACGGUAGUUAAAAGCAUCAAACUAUGUUAUGUGGUAUCUAUAAGUUUAAAGUAUAGUUAUAUCUGUUACUUUAUAUCCGUUACUAUUAAUGUAUUAUUUAGUGCUACUUUUCUUCAAAAUGUUUGUAUUCAGCAGCACAAAGAGAUAAAAGAAAACAAAUAUGUUGUGUGUCAAAAAAUCAGAACCAAAUGUACUUUAGUAUUCAGGGUGGGUAUUUUAAUCCAUCAACCUAUGUAGACAUUGGAAGGGUAUAGACUUAUUCUGAUUGGAUGUGGGUGGAGAUGAAAGAACAUUUCUAACCAAGUCAAUCCCUGCAUUUCAAAGAAUGUGGAAUUUUAUAAGAAUAGGAUAUCACUCACAUAGAUAUACCAUAGAGUAGGAGAGAGUUGUACCCAAUAAUUCUUUUAGUUUGAAAAUAAGUUUAUACUCAGAAUAUCCCUGGUCAUGUGUAUUGUUUAUUAUACUUUCAUAUAUUGCGGAAAACAGGCCUUGGCAAACAUAUGACAUAGUUCAGAGUCAAAUAAAAGUGUUUGCAAACA